UUCCCACAUCCUGUCAUGGACUCGGUCUGUCCUCACACAACACGUGAAAGAGGGUCCUGGGCCCAGUCUGCCCUGACUCAGCCUGCCUCCGUGUCCGGGAAUCUGGGAGCGACGGUCACCAUCUCCUGUGCUGGCACCAGCAAUGACAUCGGGAGUUUUAACCAUGUCAGCUGGUACCAACAACACCCGGGCUCGGCCCCCAAAACCCUGAUUUAUAAUGUCAAUACAAGGCCUUCAGGGAUCUCUAAUCGCUUCUCUGCCUCCAAGUCUGGGAACACGGCCACCCUGACCAUCUCUGGGCUCCAGGCUGAGGACGAGGCUGUUUAUUACUGUAGCUCAGCUAAAGGUGAUUACCCUAGUGUAUUCGGCAGCGGGACCCAGCUGACCGUCCUCGGUCAGCCCGCGGCCGCGCCCACGGUCACUCUGUUCGCACCCUCCGCUGAGGAGCUCAGCGCCAACAAGGCCACCCUGGUGUGUCUCAUCAAUGACUUCUACCCGGGCACCGUGACGGUGGCCUGGAAGGCAGGCGGCACCACCAUCACCCAGGGCGUGGAGACCACCAAGGCCUCCAAGCAGAGCAACGGCAAGUAUGCGGCCAGCAGCUACCUGAGCCUGACGUCCAGCACCUGGAAAUCCUACAGCGGCGUCAGCUGCCAGGUCACGCACAAUGGGAAAACCGUGGAGAAGACAGUGUCCGCCUCCGAGUGCCCUUAGGUCCCCGGACCCCCACCCUCGAGGUCUUAGAGCCACAGGACCCCUGAAGUCUCACCCUGGUCCUCCCUGCCCUUCCUCCUGCACCCGAUCAAUUUGCAAUAAAAUGUCCUCCUUGUC